AUGCGGCGUGCCCCGCCGACAAGCGCAUUGGAAAUGCUGUUCAGGAGGGAGCUCGGGGAGGAGACCAAGGGGUGGAAAUGGCGGUUCAAAACGAGGUUGAUGGAAUCGGUCGAGGAUGUCAUGGACUCAGAGGGUUUGAUGCGCGGAUGUGUCUUGCUGGGCUUUUCUGACAAUGGGGAAUAUCUGAUUUCAUAUUCUCACAGCCCACUGGUGGAGAGUGAGUGGCAAGAAGGCUAUCACAUGCAGCUGUGGCGCUUCAACCCCUGUCAAAGAGCAAAGCUUCGCAGGGAGUUUCCACUGUUCUUGUCACGAGCUGCUCGAUGGCAGCCAUCAGGAUUUGAGCACCUGGCAUGUGAGAGUGGACAGCUGCUGAUCACCGUGCAUGAGACCAUGGACUCGAAAUUUUGGAUUGUUCAUGGCCAAGCUCCAUGCUGUGGCGAUGAUGGCCAAGAAGUAGAAAGCUUCGUCACUGUCAUACCUCGCAAUCCAAGUGGACCGAUGCGAGUUGAGGUGUUGCAUUUCAGGUACUUCUGCCUCCCAUCGAACAGCAGCAGGUCCUUUUUUGUUGUGCCUCCUUCCACCCUUGUGGUGGACAUGGGCACAGGCCUACAGGCCUUGUGUCUCAAUGCACACAGCAUGCAGAAUUCCGCUGACUGCUGCAAGCCUGCUGCGAUUCCAGACAGUGUCGAACCGCAAGGAGACUUCCCUGAUAGCUCUGUGAUGGUGCGGUUUGCUGACACGAGCUGGAAUGGGGAAGCGGCAACCAGUGAUGGAGGGCUGCUUUCUGCUGAGGUGGAGCCGUUGGGUCCAUUGUUCGACUAUGAGACAUUCAUAGGAAAGUUGAUCGAAUGGUCAAAGGCAAAGGGAAUGCUGAAGGACAACGCCCGACUAUCAGACUACUGUGUGAAGAUACUUCAACAUGGGCCAACAGGAACACUCCUUGUGGGAAACAGCAACGAUGUGAUCUUGCUGGCAGGAAUGCUUUUAAAAAUGUCAGACAGCAUGCCUGUCUACCAGGCUUGGAUUGCCCUGGUGCAUCUGGAUCUCCUCACCUCCAAAGUGCUGAUGACAAAGUCCUGGAGAGUUCUGGCAGACUCUUUGUUGGUAACACCCGGGUCUGCCGUUUUGGAGAACAUGGUAACAACAGCAGCUAGUGUGUGGGAAGCCCGGAUUUGUCAGCUGUGUGCAGAGGGUUUCCAAACGCACAUGCUGUCGAACAUGUCAGUACUGUUGACAGAGGAGUCUCUCCCUGUCCUCAAGCACCACCAAUUGCCCUGGGUGAUAUUGGGAUACAAGAAGCACCAGCAAUAA